AUGGAAGGAAAUGCAGAAUACUGUUGGACUACGCUCUCACGGUCUGUGUCUGUUGUGGGCGAGUCUGUGUCUGUUGUUGAGUCUACGUCUGUUGUGGACGAGUCUGUGUCUGUUGUGGGCGAGUCUGUGUCUGUUGUUGAGUCUACGUCUGUUGUGGACGAGUCUGUGUCUGUUGUGGACGAGUCUGUAUCUGUUGUGGGCGAGUCUGUGUCUGUUGUUGAGUCUACGUCUGUUGUGGACGAGUCUGUGUCUGUUGUGGACGAGUCUGUGUCUGUUGUGGGCGAGUCUGUGUCUGUUGUGGACGAGUCUGUGUCUGUUGUGGACGAGUCUGUGUCUGUUGUGGACGAGUCUGUGUCUGUUGUGGGCGAGUCUGUGUCUGUUGUUGAGUCUACGUCUGUUGUGGACGAGUCUGUGUCUGUUGUGGACGAGUCUGUGUCUGUUGUUGAGUCUACGUCUGUUGUGGACGAGUCUGUGUCUGUUGUGGACGAGUCUGUGUCUGUUGUGGACGAGUCUGUGUCUGUUGUGGACGAGUCUGUGUCUGUUGUUGAGUCUACGUCUGUUGUGGACGAGUCUGUGUCUGUUGUGGACGAGUCUGUGUCUGUUGUGGGCGAGUCUGUGUCUGUUGUUGAGUCUACGUCUGUUGUGGACGAGUCUGUGUCUGUUGUGGACGAGUCUGUGUCUGUUAUGGGCGAGUCUGUGUCUGUUGUGGACGAGUCUGUGUCUGUUAUGGGCGAGUCUGUGUCUGUUGUUGAGUCUACGUCUGUUGUGGACGAGUCUGUGUCUGUUGUGGACGAGUCUGUGUCUGUUGUGGACGAGUCUGUGUCUGUUGUGGACGAGUCCCUAUCUGUUGUUGAGUCUACGUCUGUUGUGGACGAGUCUGUGUCUGUUGUGGACGAGUCUGCGUCUGUUGUUGAGUCUACGUCUGUUGUGGACGUGUCUGUGUCUGCUGUGGACGUGUCUGUGUCUGUUGUGGACGAGUCUGUGUCUGUUGUGGACGAGUCUGUGUCAGUUGUGGACGAGUCUCUGUCUGUUGUUGAGUCUACGUCUGUUAUGGACGAGUCUGUGUCUGUUGUGGAUCAGUCUGUGUCUGUUAUGGACGAGUCUGUGUCUGUUGUGGACGAGUCUGUGUCUGUUGUGGACCAGUCUGUGUCUGUUGUUGAGUCUACGUCUGUUAUGGACGAGUGUGUGUCUGUUGUGGACGAGUCUGUGUCUGUUAUGGACGAGUCUGUGUCUGUUGUGGACGAGUCUGCGUCUGUUGUUGAGUCUACGUCUGUUGUGGACGAGUUUGUGUCUGUUGUGGACGAGUCUGCGUCUGUUGUUGAGUCUACGUCUGUUGUGGACGAGUCUGUGUCUGUUGUGGACGAGUCUGUGACUGUUAUGGACGAGUCUGUGUCUGUUGUGGACGAGUCUACGUCUGUUAUGGACGAGUCUGUGACUGUUGUGGACGAGUCUGUGUCUGUUGUUGCCGAGUCUGCGUCUGUUGUGGACGAGUCUGCGUCUGUUGUGGACGAGUCUGCGUCUGUUGUGGACGAGUCUGCGUCCGUGUUCUUACUGAAAUAA